ACCAAUUCCUAAUUCUCAUAUAAAAACUCUUUCUUUCUCUCUCUUUUUCGAAACCAAAAAAACAAAAACAGAAUGUGUCCUUCUGGCAGGAGCCUCCGCACAACUGCCUCCUCCGGUUUCCGACCAGCCUUCGACAUCCUCGACGCUGACCACGACGGAAAGAUCAGCCGCGAGGACCUCCGCGCCUUCUACUCCUCCGUCUACGGCCGCGGAGAAGAUGACGUCAUCGGUGCAAUGAUGACGGUUGCCGACACCAACAAGGACGGCUUCGUGGAGUACGAGGAGUUCGAGCGCGUUCUCUCUGCCGUGGGAAACACCGAGAGGUGCGGCACCUCGAGACCGGUGGGGUGUGGAGCCAUCGAGGAUGUGUUCAGGGUCAUGGACAGAGACGGCGACGGCAAGCUCAGCCACCGUGACCUCAAGGUAUACAUGGAAUCCGCCGGAUUCUCCGCCACCGACGACGAUAUCGCCGCCAUGAUACAGUUCGGCGGUGGAGACCAGAACGGCGGCGUAACCUUCGAUGGCUUGCUUCGUAUAUUAGCUCUUGAUUGUGCUCCGCAUAAUUAGUCAGUUAGUUAUUGUUCGAUUUG